UACCCGCACACAGCCAGCAAAAAGCCACCAAACAACCUCUAAACAUCAUUCAAACUGCCGGCAGACAGCUCCGAAACAUCCAGAAUACAACCAGCAAACAGCCAGGAAACAGACAGAAAACAGCAAAGAAACUUCCAGAAUAAUUCCAGCAAACAGCCAUCAGCCAACCAGCAACGCCUUCAAGCAGUCUUCAAACAUCCAGCAAACAGCCUGCAAACGUCCAGCUAAUGGCCAGGAAACAGCUCUCUAACAGCAAGCGCAGAGCCAACGGGUGACCUGACUCCCUCCACACGCCCUCCCCCCCCCCCCCCCCCUCGCUAACCUGUGGACCCCUGUGGACACUAAUCUGUGUGUGUGCGGACGCUAAUCGGUGUGUGUGUGUGUGUAUGAGAUUAGAGAGAGUGUUUUGCGACCGGGAGGUAUCUGUACACUUAUGGAUCAUCUGGACGGGGGCUUUGGAAGGUUCAAGAGCUUGAGGAAGGAUGACUUUGAAGCUGACUGGAUCAAAGUGUCGGAGAGCAGCUUGGGAGCGGUGUACAGAGUCAAGCUCAAGGUGCUGCGAGAGACCUGUGCCCUGAAGUGCUUUGACACCACUCUCUCUGGCAACAACGUAUACAGACGGAUGACAGACGAGGUGUCCAAGUUGGCGAAAGUGAAGUUCAGGUAUGUCGUGUCCAUCUACGGGGUUUGCAGCGACCCCGUCGGCGUGGUGAUGGAGUUCAUGAAUGGCGGCUCGCUGAACUCCCUCCUGGCCAGCCAUACCCUCACAUGGCCCAAGAAGUUCCAUAUGAUCCACGAGGUGACCAUGGGCAUGAACUACCUCCACAGCCUCGCCCCGCCGCUGCUCCACCUCAAUCUGAAGCCAACCAACAUCCUGCUGGACGACCACCUCCACGUCAAGAUAGCAGAUUUUGGCUUGAUUAAGUGGGAGGAAGCUGCGAACCAGAAGGAGCUGGUCGAGCAGCUAACGGAGCGAGGGAACGUCAGCUACAUUCCGCCUGAGGCCUACAGCCCCUCCCCUUCUCCCCCAGGAACCACCUUUGAUGUUUACAGCUUCUCCAUCGUCAUGUGGGAGAUUCUGACCCAGUCGAAGCCUUAUCCAGGAAGCAGUAUAACCACGGUGCUGAUGAAGGUGUCGUCAGGGCGACGGCCCAGCCUGGAGAUGAUUCCAGACAACAAGCCUCCCGAGAGUGACCUGCUGAUCAGCAUCAUGCAGCAGUGCUGGGACCAGGAACACUGGAACAGGCCUGAGUUCUCAGAGACGGUCAGAAAGACAGAGCUGCUCAGCGAGGUGUUGAGGUUACCAGGGACCAGUGUGGGGGGUAGCCAUGGGGACCAGCCUCACACACCUGACUACUCCCUGCUGUGUACCUCACAGAGAAAAUCCAUCCAUAAUGCACCUGACUCUGCCUCAGGUGAUGACCAGGACAGUGAUGGCGUCCUGUUCUUCCUUUCCCAGAGAGACUUCCAGAGCUUCCGUCGCUCCCUGAAGAAAGAACACCUGUCUCUGCGUUACUCUGACAACAACAGCCUACUCCACUAUGCCGUUGCCAGCGGCGAUAUCGAGAGUGUCCGACUGGUGCUUGCCCACGGUGCCCAGACCAACUGCCCGAGUAAGCGGGGCUACACGCCCCUCAUUGUCUCCAUCCUGCACCGUCUCCAUGACAUCAGCACCCUAUUGGUCGAGAGCAAAGCAGACGUUAAUCUGGGGGACAGCGAAGAUUGGACGCCGCUCCACUUUGCCGCUCAGAACGGCGACGACCGGGACGUCCGUCUCCUGUUGGACAAGGGGGCGCGGCCGGGCUCCAAGGAGCAGACGGGCUGGACGCCGCUCCACCUGGCCAUUCAGAAUGGCCACGAGAGCGUGGUCAGGCUACUGCUGUCGCGAUUGGACAGCGCCUCCGAGGGGGAGGGACCUCAGGGCAGGACUCCUCUCCACCUGGCUUCGGCCUACGGACACGUCAGCAUCGCCAAGCUCCUCCUCUCGCAAGGGGCGGAUCCAAACGCAGUGGACCAAUCGCAGUCCACCUCGCUCCACCUGGCCGCAGAGGCAGGGCACUUCCGGGUGGCGAGGCUCCUCAUCAAGGAGGGGUCAGAGGUCAACCUCAAGGACAGGAGGCACUACACCCCGCUCCAUGUCUCUGCCCUGAAGGGCCACGCAGGGAUCUGCAGGCAGCUGCUGGCCCAGGGAGCCAUGCCGGACGCCCGCACCCUCCAGGGCUGGACCCCCAUGCACCUGGCGGCCCUCAAGGGCCACGGCGCCUGCCUGCUGCUGCUGGAAAGCCACCAGGCCAGCGUGGACGUUUGUGGCGAGGGCGGCUGGACGCCGCUGCUCCUGGCCUGCCACCACACCCAUGAGGACGCCACGUCCAAGCUGCUGGCGGCCCAUGCCUGCCCCCACCUGGCGGACGACCGCGGCUGGACUCCGCUCCACCUGGCCUGCCACAGUGGCAGCUUCCCCAGCGUCCUCCAGCUCAUCUCCCACGGUGCCCUGGUCAAUGCCAGGAACGGGGCCCAGGCCACGCCCCUGCACCUGGCGGCUCAGCGAGGGUACGGAGCCGUUGUCCGGGCACUGCUCCUGAACGGGGCAGACAGGAGGCUGGGGGACGCCUCGGGGUGCACCGCUCUGGAGCUGGCACGCAGGAGCGGGAGAGAGGAGGUGAUCCAGAUACUGGAGGAAGAGGAGUAGAGCGAGGAGGUGAUCCAGAUACUGGAGGAGGAGGAGUAGAGCGAGGAGGUGAUCCAGAAACUGGAGGAGGAGGAGUAGAGCGAGGAGGUGAUCCAGAUACUGGAGGAAGAGGAGUAGAGCGAGGAGGUGAUCCAGAUACUGGAGGAGGAGGAGUAGAGCGAGGAGGUGAUCCAGAUACUGGAGGAGGAGGAGUAGAGCGAGGAGGUGAUCCAGAUACUGGAGGAAGAGGAGUAGAGCGAGGAGGUGAUCCAGAUACUGGAGGAGGAGGAGUAGAGCGAGGAGGUGAUCCAGAUACUGGAGGAGGAGGAGUAGAGAGAGGAGAUGAUCCAGAUACUGGAGGAGGAGGAGUAGAGCGAGGAGGUGAUCCAGAUACUGGAGAAGGAGGAGGAGGAGGGGAAGGAGGAGAAGGAGGAUGACGGACGGCUAUUGUUUCAGAAAAAUAAAAAAGUUUUAGGAUUCUUUUCAUUCCUGUGAUUCCUGUUAGGAGUCGUUCCUAAACCCUGACGGAAAAAUACAUUGUGUUCAGCUCAGGUCAGGGGUGGAGCCAGACAUAGUAAACCUUCAGGGCUUAGCCCCAACCUAGGACCUAGUCAAGCUUUGAUCUGAUCUUAGAUAUGAACUUCCACUGGUAAUGUGUGUGCACUUCGCACACAAGUUAAAUUUAUUUGCCUUAAUUUGAGCUCAAAAUAUGUUUUUGAGCUUUAUGUAGUAUAAUUAUGUUGGACUCUGUUACUACUGUUAUAUUUACAGAAAAUUACAACCAACAUUUUUUCCAAAAAGAUUUGUGGCUUUUGGGAAAAUAUUUCCGGCUCAAGUCCCAGAUACCACUCCACCCAUGACUCAGGUCAGCCCGGAACCUGGUUCUCUCCAAGAACCAGGAUGAUUUGUGAACUCCUGGUGCAGCAAAACGUACUGUGUUACAUAUCUACUAAUACAUGCCAUUACAGCAAGAAACCCAUGCAUUGAUUUAUAACAAAGUGGAUAUUAUAGUGCUCCUUAUAUACGUUAUAUAGACAUCAACACUGACUCUGAUUUUCUAUGUACUGAAGGUACAUUUUGUUUGACUGAAGGUCCCUGCCAUAAAGUGUGUGAUCAUAA